UCCAUCCAAAGUUACGAGCCCACUUCUGCUUCAGGCGUCUCUCUCUCUCUCUCUCUCUCACUCUAUAGCUUCGAAUUCAGAAAAUGGCCACAGCAAAGACAACCCAAACGCGCCCUGUCCUUCUCUCGCUCAUCUCCAUUUCUCUAGUCCUUCUUCAAGCUAUCUCAGCCGUCGAUUCUCAUGAAGGCGAAGACAGUAAUGCCAUCGAUUUCAUCCGUACCAGCUGCAACGCAACCUUAUACCCGGACGUCUGCUACGCCAGCCUCUCUCGCUACGCCUACACUAUCCAACAAAGCCCAGCAAAGCUCGCGCGCGUCGCCGUCGCAGUAAGCUUAUCUAGGGCGCGUCGCAUUGCUUCUUACAUAUCAAACCUCUCUCGCCAACCCGAUUCAGAGGCGGCGUUCGAUCAGGAAACCGCCGCCGUUCUCAAGGACUGUAAGAGCACUUUCGGCGACGCAAUUGAUCAGAUGAAACGCUCGAACAGCGAAAUGCUCAAUCUCGACCUCACAUCUCAUUCUCAAGGUUCGUUGCGGUUUCUGAUGAGUAACGUGCAGACGUGGAUGAGUGCCGCACUUACCAACGAGGACACGUGUACGGAUGAGUUCGGUGAUGUACCUGAUGGGUCUGUGAAAUCGGAUGUAUGUGAUCGGGUGGUGAACGGCCGGAUGUUGACGAGUAAUGCUCUUGCUUUGGUCAAUAGUUUUGUUGCAGCGACUGAAGCGGAGGCCCCUUCUAGUACACCUUGAUGGGUGAUUUCUGACCGUUUGAUCUACUGUAUUGUAUACCAAUAGGAAGGUUUGGUUUGCUAUUGUAAAGAAUUCUUAGGUUACUUGUGUAGUUCUUGAAGCUUUGAGUCUCACUCUUUUCUUCUUUCUUGAAGAAAAAGAAGUUUGUGUUCUCACUUCUCAUAACUUAACUGAGUCAAAUCGCCCUUGUUAGUGUUUUA